AUGAGAACAAUGCCAAUAACAUCAGGAGUUCGAGCUUUCACAUGGUUCUCUCUUCGUAGACACCUAGAAGACAACAUCACCGACCUUCACAAAUGCACAAACCUCAAUCUCAUCAAACAAAUCCACGCACAGCUCAUCAAAUGUCAUCUUCACCAAGACCCUUACAUCGCUCCCAAACUCAUCGCUUCUUAUUCACUCACCAACCAUAUCUCUUCUGCUGUUAACGUCUUUAACCAAGUCCCUGACCCUAAUGUUCAUCUUUAUAAUUAUCUUAUCAGAGCACAUGCUCUCUCAAACAAUGAAUCAAACAGUUCGCUUGCGUUUGCUGCUUUUGAGAAGAUGCAGUUGAAUGGUGUUUUGGCGGAUAAUUUUACUUACCCUUUUCUUUUGAAAGGUUGUAAUGGUGGUUCUUGGUUGAAUUUGGUUAAAAUGGUUCAUGCCCAUGUUGAAAAAUUGGGUUUUUAUGGGGAUAUUUUUGUGCCGAAUUCUUUGAUUGAUUGUUAUUGUAGGUGUGGGGGUGUUGAGAUGGGGGUGAAGUUGUUUGAGGUGAUGGAGGAAAAGGAUGUUGUGAGUUGGAAUACUAUGGUUGGUGGGUUGGUUAAAUGUGGUGAUUUUGAUGGUGCUUUGAAGGUGUUUGAUGAAAUGCCGCAGAGAGAUAGGGUUAGUUGGAAUACGAUGUUGGAUACGUUUGUGAAAGCGGGUGAAUUGGAGAAGGCUUUUGAAUUGUUUGGGAGAAUGGGUGAGAGGGAUGUUGUUUCUUGGUCUACGAUGGUUUAUGGUUAUUGUAAAAGUGGUGAUAUGGAAAUGGCGAGGAUGUUGUUUGAUAGGUGUCCUGUGAAGAAUUUGGUGUUGUGGACGACGAUAAUGUCUGGGUAUGUUGUGAAGGGGGAGCUGAGGGAGGUGACUAAGUUGUAUGAUGAAAUGGAGGAGGCUGGAUUGAGGCCUGAUGAUGGGUUUUUGAUAAGUAUUUUAUCUGCGUGUGCCGAGUCUGGUAUACUUAAGUUGGGGAAGAAAAUUCAUGAUUCAGUUUUGAGGCGUAGGUUUAGAUGUAGCACUAAGGUUUUGAAUUCCUUCAUUGAUAUGUAUGCAAAGUGUGGUUGUUUGGAUGACGCAUUUCGUGUCUUUAGUGGAAUGAAUGCGAAGAAAGAUUUGGUGUCUUGGAAUUCCAUGAUACAUGGGUUUGGCAUACAUGGACACGGUGACAAAGCAAUUGAACUUUUCUCUAGGAUGGUACGCGAAGGUUUUGAGCCCGAUAGAUAUACAUUCAUUGGCCUUUUAUGUGCUUGCACCCAUGCAGGCCUUGUUAAUGAAGGGCGUACUUACUUUUAUUCAAUGGAGAGAGUAUAUGGGAUUGUUCCCGACAUUAAGCAUUACGGUUGCAUGAUUGACCUUCUCAGCCGAGGUGGUCAUCUAAGAGAAGCUUUUAGGCUUCUGCGCAGCAUGCCUAUGGAACCGAAUGACAUUAUAUUGGGUACUCUUUUAGGUGGUUGUCGGAUGCAUAAUGAAAUUGAACUCGCAAGAGCUGUAUGUGAACAUCUGUUUAAAUUGGUGCCAUCAGAUCCUGGGAAUUUCUCGCUUCUGUCAAAUAUUUAUGCUCAAGCCGGUGAUUGGAUUAAUGUUGGCAACGUGAGGUUGCAUAUGAAGAUGAAAGGAGGUCAAAAGCCUUCCGGGGUUAGUUCCAUUGAAGUUGAAGAAGAAGUACAUGAAUUUACUGUACUUGAUCAGUCACACCCUAAAUCAGCUGAUAUAUAUAAUAUGAUUGAUAGAUUGGUAGAGGACCUAAGGCAAGUUGAAUAUGUUCCUGGGAUAUCAUAG